AUGUCGAAAAAAUUAUCAUUGAAAGAUGCCGUCGAUUAUUUGGAACAGCUAAUUGACGAAGAAGAAGAAGAUGAUUUCAUGCGAGAUAUUGAUGGAAUUUACAUUGAACCACCCGAAGAUGACGGUAAUGUGAGUGGUGAAGACGAGGCAAAUGAGAAUGAAGGAGGUACAGUCGACGCAUUGUCUCGCAAUCAGUUGAAUGCCGGCUGUGAGUUGGUUUUACGAAACGGUGUGCACACUGAAACAUUCGAUAUUGAAGAGUCGGCACAAAACGAAAAUGUGUUCAAGUGGCUAAAACAAGGUGAUAGCGCUGCCAUUCCAGUUUUUCCUGAACCAAAUUUCGACGAUUGCCGAGAUGUACAACCUCAUGAGCUAUUUGAACGAUUUUAUGACGAUGAUUUGCUGCAACAUAUUUGUGAUUGCUCAGAACGAUAUUCCGUGUUGCAUUUGCAGAAGCCAGUCAACGUUACGGUUCCAGAAUUGCGUGCUUUCAUUGGCAUUCUAUUGGUGACUGGAUACAAUACAGUUUCGAACAUCAAAGCAUACUGGAAUAGCUCAGAUGAUCUACGCAAUGAAAUGAUAUUCCAGACGAUGCGACGCAACAGAUUCCAAGAAAUACUCCGAGUGCUACAUUUCGAGCCGAAUUUGAAUCCACCAGCAAAUAACAAGGAUAAACUUUGGAAGCUGCGUCCGAUAAUGGAUCAUUUGAAAGCGAACUUUCUGAAGAAUUUCCAUCCAACACAAAAUCUAUCAUAUGACGAAAGCAUGAUCGCUUAUUAUGGUAAACAUGGCUGCAAGCAAUUCAUCAAAGGCAAGCCCAUUCGUUUCGGCUACAAAGUUUGGUCUCUGUGCACACCGUCUGGUUAUUUG